UUUGCGCAAUACGGAGUGUGGAGUGUUGCUGCGGACUGAGCGCUCGCUCCACCGUCUCCAUUAGGGCUGACACGUCCGUCAGGAGCGCACGAACAGAGAGCGUCCUUCCCUGCCUCCGUCUGCCCGAGAACACGGCUCUACAGCGGCAGGACAUGGACAAAACGAGUGCGUGCUGAGCGGCGCGAGGCUGCGGAGGUAUGCCAGCAGGUGCCAGCUAGGGAAACGCGGUAUCUCGUGGCUUGAAUGCGACCCGACUGCAGCUGGAGCAUGUCCACAGCAGGUCUGAGCACGCAGGAGAUCCGCUUGCCUCCGGGGAACCUGCACCUGCGGGAUGUGGCCAAUUCCAAAUCGUCUUGGAGCCAGCACCAUGAACUGGACAACUUAUACUUCAGCCUUGAUGCUACAGCUAUGGAAUACAACCUCAGACAACAUCAACUAGGCUCAGCUUCUUUGGGAUUAGAGAGGCAGUGUUCUUACCCUCACACACCAUAUAGCCCUGGGGCCCAGCGCCUGCCCCCCAAGAAGUCACGCCCUUCCAAGAUCACUCUGCCGACCUGUACAGAGCCGUCCACUCCGAGCCCCCCUGAAGGCGACCAGGUGGUGCCCUCCUUCCAGCGCCUGUCGGUGUAUGAACGAACCCCGCCGCACACCCCCAGCCGUUGCACCAGGCCACUCCCUCCUCUUCCUGGAUCUGUGGGCCUGUCUCUGGACCAGGCAGUAGACAACGAGGUUGAAUUCUUUACCAGCAUGGAUGACAGCCGCUGCUUAGUGCCAGAGCCUGGCCCCAGGCCCUCCGCUUUCCGCUACGGCGCACCAGGCAGGCGCAGCUUCAGAGGAUGCGGCCAGAUCAACUAUGCUUACUUUGAAGGCCCGGGUGUGCCGUGCGUACCAGAGCCACCGGAGCCUGAGCCAGAGCCGGAGCAACCGGUGCAAAGAGUCCAGGACCGACCCCAGCGCCGCCUGCGGCGCUCUCAUUCGGGACCUGCAGGCUCCUUCAAUAAGCCUACAGCUGCCCGCCUCCUCGCCCAUUCGCGCCCUGCCCAUGGCCAGGACAAACCAGAGGUUCCCCCACGCGUACCUCUGCCGCCACGUCCGGUUAAGGCUGCCGACCACCGACGUUGGUCAGUCGAGGUUUCCUCAGGGGGCUACAGUGAUGAGGACCGGCCACCCAAAGUGCCCCCCAGAGAGCCUCUCUCCAGUGGGGGCUCACGUACGCCUAGUCCAAAGAGCCUCCCCACGUACCUCAACGGGGUGAUGCCACCCACGCAGAGCUUCGCCCCCGACCCCAAAUACGUGAGCCGGACCCUGCAGCGACAGCACAGCGAGGGUUCCCCCUGCAUCCUGCCCAUCAUGGAGAAUGGGCGCAAGGCCAGCACCACGCACUACUUUCUCCUGCCGCAGCGCCCAUCCUACCUGGACAAGCUGGAGAAGUUUCUCAGGGAGAAGGACAGUGACUCUGGGUGCGACAGGAACAUGGGCACAGACUGCGACUGGCAGGGCAAGGCAAAGCCACACUUAGACCUGGUGUGAAUUGGGCGUCGAGCUAUAUUGUGAGGGAGGAGGGUAGAAAAGCUAAAGAUGGAUUCUACCAGACUGGAAUGCUUCAAUUCCUCACUGCUGCUUUACUGCUUGCACCAACCAUUUAUCAUGCAGUGGACUGUUUUCUUCCCAGCAUAACGUGACGCUCAUUGUGCGUGCUUAAAUAGAUGUGCUGCACAGUCACCCUUAGUGCUCGAACCCGUGUUUUCAGCCAUGAGCAGUGUGACAGACUGGAUGCCCUUGCUGGGAGCUUGGCUGUUGAAAUGGAAAUGCAUUCAUAUACACAGAUGUCCUAUUGAAGUGUAUUUACUCAAAACUGUCUUUUAUGGGAUAUUCUUGACUAAGAAUUAUUUUUGAUAUUGCUGUAAUUAUUUUUAUUUGAAUAACCUUAUAGAACAUUAUAGUGUUUUGCUCAUGUUGUGUUGUUUUCCAGGUAUAAGCUGGACUUAUACCACCUCUGUUUGUGUUUUUUUUUUAUUUUUUUUUUUUCUCCUCUUUGUCUAAAUGCAGAAAGCUUCAGACUUUAAUUAUAAACUGUCAUAUGUCUGUGGACAUGGAUUGUGUGUCUAAUAUUGUGAGUGAAGGGGACAUGGAGUUGGCAAAGCAUUAUUUGCUGUCUUUAUGAGUAGAGACCAAGAUAGCCAUGAAAAUUAUGAAGGAUUUUUCUCACCUAAAACAUUUGUUUUAGUUAUACAUGUCCAUGGGUAAGUGAGAUCCGUUUGGCGCAUUCCCAUGUAGCUGUUCUACCGUUCCUGUUCUGUUUGCUGCAGAAGCAAAUGAAUGCAUCGGUGCACUCACAAGAACGAUGUGUCGUAUGUGUCCCCAUAGUGUGCUGAAGGACUAUGAAUCUGUGUGUCUCAAUGCCUGCCGUCGGGGGGGGGUAAUACUGUAGUCUAAUGCAUUGUGUGUUUUUGGUGCUGCUGUGGGCACUGUCUCAACUCUGUGUUUGCAUUUCUGGACAUCUAAUGAAACCUGCAUGUGUGUCUUGCCUGCUUUAAGCAAUACUUUUUUUUGUACAACACUUGCAAUGUUAGUAAGAGCAAGAUUAGCACAUCCCAACUUUAACAAAUGAAGGACUUUUGUUCCAUACAUUUGUAGCUUUUGUGUACGAAUUACCUGUUCUAUGUGAAUAUAUGCCUGUCUUGUGGAACAGUUCACUUUUUAGUCAAACUGUGAGUUAGAAAAGGGAUUUAAUUUAUCUGUGAUGCUACCUCCCAAAUAGAAAGUUCUCUGUUGCAUCCUUCAAUAUUUAGAUUUUUGCGGAGCUCUGUGUGUGUGUCGUAAUUUCUAGCCUUGCAUUAAAAGUUGCAUGCAAUAAGCAGAAAUUCCAGAUAGUGUAGUAACAGUGAUUGGAAUGAGCAAUUUGCAGGCUUUUGGUCACACCACCAUAAACGCUAGUGCUAUCAUUUAGUAUAAAAAGUGAAAGGCACAUCAUCUGAUCCAUGCCUCAAGUGGUAUUUAUUUUUCACAUCUUGUAAAAGUGACAUAAUAUAUAUCAUAGUCUAAUUUUUAAUUACACUUCAGAAAUAUUUUCUUUUCGAUCUCAUGACAUUUUCCUUAAAAUCUAACGAUGUUUAAGGUCUCAAAAGAAGAUAUCUAAGAAUAGUUUUGAUAAGUAUAUCAGACCAAUCAAAUUAAAACUGAUCUAUCAACAAAUAUUAAGAGCUGACGAACUGCUGUGGUCAGUUCUGGGCUGUUACCUGCAUCUCACCUAAACCCCAUAUCCGCCUGUUUCUUGUUUAUGGGGAUUCCAUGGAGGGGAUCAACAUCUCUGUUUGAACAACCAGGUGCAAUCCUCCAGAGCAUUCAGAAUCAAAGAUAAUGUAACAUAGUUUUCUUGAAAAGGCCUCAAGAUGUUACUUUACUAAAGAAAAAAUAGAGAUUGACUUACCUUGCAUAAGCAUGUGGCCACAAAGGCUUUGGCUGCAGGUUGCUCAGAAAUUAGUUUCCUGUUUUCAGAAACCAUUGCGAUAAUGUAGUGAGUGGACCCCGUUCAUGCAAGCUUAGGAGAAAACACAGCUUUAAAGCUGGAUAGGCCUAGUCAGAAGGUUAUAUAUUGUGGAUAUUUCCCUGUAGCCCAUCAACAUGCAUUUAAGGGUAUCCAGCUCAGCAGCUGCGAUCUCUGUCCUUCCAGUUCCCACAGGAAAGGGUCCUGGUGCACCAGGUUCUGUUUUCUGGGUUGAAAAGAAAUGUAUUAUCUGUGUUAGUGGUAUGGAGGAGGACUGGCUGGGAAUGUUCUCCACGCCUUUUGAUUCUGGAUGCUGAAAUCCUUCUACAAUAUGUCAGCCAUACUUCUGUCUUCGUAGUAGAGAAACUAUAAUUAUUCAGAAAAGUUUUAUAUGCUGCUGGACAGUAGGCAACACGGAAAACACAGGGCUGGUGUCUUUUUGUCUCAUCAUUGUCUCCUGUUGAGGUCUGUGGCAAGACACUUGAAGACUGAGGAUGAGGAUUUGAAAGAUGUUACAUUGGUCGAUGACUUUUUGUCACUGAGGUCUUCAGACACACCCUAAAGUGUGUUAAUUUAGAAUGUAAUCACUUACAUGCACCAUUACAUUCACUGUGCAAGUACCAUGUCUUGUUUAUUUUUUUAUC